GAUUAAUUAUUUUCUGUAAUGAAUAAGUAGGUUUCUACUUAAAACAAUCAAGAACUUUAAUAAUAAUAGCAACAAUCAACAAAAAAUUAGCCACAAACUCCUUAACAAAAUAAUAUAUAAUAUGGCCCUGUCUUUUAUAUAUAACCAAAUACUUUUCCUAUGCCAAACAUUUAACAAUAACAUACAAAUGAUUAUUAUAAAUCUUGGUUUGUCUAUCAUCCUGUUAUGCCAGAUGACCCAUUUUUGUCUUAUCUUUCAUAUGUUUCUAAUAUUGUUCAAAAUCCUCAUUAAUAGUAUCCCGACAACCCUAUAAAAAUUGAGAAUGAUCAAGAUAUACCACAACCAUAAUUCUAGAAUUAAACAAGUUAAAUCAACCUAAACAAAACAAUCUAAUAAUAAAAGCAUUCAUAACCAAAAAAUUAGAUUAAAAUAAAAACAAUAACUAAUCUUUAUAAAGCAUCAGAAAUAUAGCCAUGUAAUUGUUCUUAAAGUAGUUGCCUAAAAAGAUACUGUACAUGUUUUCAUAGUGGCAGAAUGUGUAUGGAUGAAUGUUAAUGCAAAGAUUGCAAAAACUGCGAUUUGUUUUCAGAAGAAAGAGAAGCUGCUAUUAAUUACGUUUUUAAAAAAUGUAACAGGGAUAAAAAUGUUCCAGCAAACGAAUUACUAUCUUUGUAAAUUAGUUAUGGGUGUAAAUGUAAAUCUACAGGAUGUUAAAAAAAAUAUUGCGAAUGUUUAAAAAGAGGACAGGCUUGUGGAGACUUGUGUUCUUGUGAAGACUGUCUAAAUAUUCCAUAUAACAUAACUUUUUAGGAUAAAUCGAAAAAGAAAAUCAAUAUAUAAAAAUGA